AUGACUGCUGUGUCCAAUCUCAGUUAUCUCCACACUCCGCCUGUCAGGCCCUACAUCUACACCACGGUUACCCAGAUCGCUCGAGAGAAUGCUUGCUUACGUCCAAAUCAAGAAAUAUUAAUAAUCAGAGAACUGGACGGGUCAAGGUAUAGUUUGACCAACGCCAGACUGUAUCAACAAGCUGAACAGCUGGCAAGAUAUCUGGUGACACAGGGAGUCAAGAGAGGUGACACAGUAGGCCUGGUAGGUCCAAAUUCUCUAGAGAAGGCUAUUGGAUCAUUGGGAAUAAUGUUAGCAGGAGCUAUUAUAUGGAAUGCCAACAUUAAUCUUAAAACGGCACAAGAUGUCAUGGCACAAAUUCAACUUCUAAAGGCAAAGGUCAUGUUGGUGGAUUGUGGCAAAGAUAACUGUUUUCUUCCCCCUGUAAAAGCUAUGCUGGAUCAGCGCAAUGCGCAAACAAACAGCACUGAUAUUAAGGUUACAUAUCUCAGAAAAACAGAUGUUAACAUGUCGGAAACUUUAGAACAUAUACAAUCACUUCAACUGUAUCAAAUCGAACUGCCAACGAUUUACCCAGAAGACGACGCGAUACUCCUUCCAACAUCUGGGAGUACUGGAAAAUCAAAGAUUGUUCGUCAUUCUCACUUCACCUUCAUAAACUGUCCCUCAAGCAAAUACUCCGUAUGCGAUAAACUACCACAAGAUAAUUUCAACGAAAAAGUUUUCAGCUGGAUGUCGAAAAUUGUUCCAUAUAUUAUCGUUCAAGGUCAACCCUCGGUAAUGUUAGGGUCAGAUAUAACAAUGAAUAGCGCGAAUGCUGGCUUUAUUUGGCAGAUUUUGAAAGAAGAGAAAUGCACAGAUGCAUGGCUCCAGCCUUUUGUAAUCAAUGAUUUACUGGACCUACCCAAAUAUGUAACGGAGGACGGAUUCAGGGUCCGAAGCAUCGUCGUAACUGGUCAGAUGAUUGACAACUUCUACAUGGGAGUCAUAGGACGAUUUUGUCAAAAACUGAUGAUUAUAUAUAGUUCUGUGGAAUGCUGUCCAUUAGCUGUUUACAGUUCUACUGAUGUGAAUGAACCUCUAAAAGCAGGAGACGUUGGAAGGCCCAUUCCUGGAGUAGAAAUCAGAAUCGUAGAUCAACAAGAUGUACCAAUCGAGAAAGGACUGAUAGGCAAAAUUCAGGUCCGUUCACCAUAUGCAAUGAAAAAAUAUGAUGGAAAUCCGGAGCUUACAAAGAAGGUUUUUACAGAAGAGAAAUGGUACAGAACAGGGGAUCUUGGUAAAAUGUCACGGAAUGGAAAUCUCGUUAUUGUGGGGCGAGAAGCUGAUGUCAUAUCUAGAGGCUGCAAAGAUAUAUACCCGGGAACGUUGGAGUCUCUUUUAAGGGAGAUGGCGUCGAUCAAAGACGUUUGUGUGGUACCUGUACCUGAUAAAAGACUACUUGAAGAAGUUUGUGUGUGUUUUGUGUCGUCCGGGCAGCUUAACCCAGAAGACGUGAAAAAGUUCUUCGAGCAGAAACUUUUCAAGGAGCAAACUCAGAACAAUCUUAGCGAAAUACCGACCUACUUUUUGCAGUUUCAAGCCUUUCCAGAGGUAGGAAAUGGAAAAUUUGAUAGAAAAACAAUACGUUGCGAUGCAAUUGCAAGAUUGGGUCUGACUAAAACACACGCCAGUAUGAACAAGUAG